AUGGCAACUAACCAGCAGUUGUCCACGACCACGACCACGACCAUCACGGUCGAGGGAGAGUUGCCGGGCGCAGUGCCAUCGUCGCGACUAUUGCUCCGGCUGGAGGCGGCGCUGUUCCGGUCGCUGGCGUAUGUGGGUGCAUGUCUGCACUUUCUGGCAUCGCCACAGCCUCCGGCGCCGACGUUUACGCGCACUGUGAAAUCAACGCUUUCGAGCCACACCGGCACCUUUACUCUCCACGUGUACACGCCAGCGGGUUAUGACGACGCCGACAGCGACACACUCUAUCCUGCUGUCGUCAACUUCCACGGCGGCGGAUUCUCCAUGGGCUUGGCAACGGACGACGCCCGCUUUGCCCGCGUAGUCGUGGAGACAUGUGGUGCCGUCUUCGUGUCCGUAGCCUAUCGACUGGCGCCCGAGUAUCCGUUCCCAACGGCAGUGGACGAUGGUGCGGAUGCGCUACUUUACAUGAUCCGGAAUGCGGCCGCGCUUCAUAUUGAUCCACAGCGGCUGGCUACGUCCGGCUUCUCGGCCGGUGGCAACAUCGCGUUGACAUCGUUGUUGCGUCUGGGUGCCUACCUCCACGACGAACCGACAACGACAACGAUGGAGACAAGUCUUGCGGAGCCGGUUCCAUCACAUCGAUUUGUGGCUACGGCUACCUGGUAUCCCGUCACAGAGUACACAAAGACGCGGGCAGCGCGGCGAGUGGCGUCCCGACGGCCAGAGAAGACGAUGCCUCCAUUUAUGACCAACCUCUUCGACAACUCUUACGUAUUCCCGCCCACCAUAGAUCGCUCAGACCCGCUUUUAUCACCAUCACAGGCGUCCGACGCACGACUGGCGCGUGACAUGCCGCCCCACAUAGUGUUCUACACGUGUGAGUGGGAUUUGCUUCAGGCAGAAGGCGAGGCUUUGGCCAAUCGCCUCCGAGACCCACCGCUGAGCAGGGACGUGCACUACAAGAUGAUCCCAAAAAUGCUGCAUGGCUGGGACAAAAGCCCGAAUCCGCGGGAGCUACCGGUGGGUGCGGGGGCGCUGUAUCUAGAGUGCUGUGGUGUGCUAAAGGAUGCUUUUAACGUAGCAGCGAACGCAGUAACAGGACAAGACCUCGAAACGGAUACUUAA